AGAAAGGAGCGAGCCGGCGCAUCCCGCGGGGAGAGAGGUCUUUAAUUCAGGGGCUAGCGUGGGAAGCCCGAGUCUUCCUCCGCCGCCCUAUGCAAGGUCUCCCUGCCCCACGCAGCCAGAAUUGAAAACUAAAUAAAAAGAAAGGAAGGAUCCAGGAUGGAUAAAUAUAAAGCUCUGGAGCAACUGCUUACAGAACUUGAAGAUUUUCUGAAGAUACUGGACAAGGAGAACCUCAGCAGCACUGCCGUUGUGAAAAAGAGCUUCCUCGCUGACCUCCUUAGGCUGUGCACGAAAUCAAGUGGUGGUGAUGAGGAAUACAUUUACAUGAACAAAGUCUCCAUCAAUAAGCAGCACGGUGAACCAGAGAAACCAGACAAAGUGUUGGGUUGCAGAGACUCCUUGACCAAUGGGGAAGUGGAACAGCAUUUGUCUCCACCUCAGAAGAGUUUGCCAGACCUCCCACCUUCAAAAAUAAUUUCAGAAGCAAAGCAACAUUCAGGAUCCAAAACUGAGUCUCCAGAAGGAUACUAUGAAGAAGCUGAGCCCUUUGGUGUCUCGCUGAUCGGUGUUUACGGUAGGCUUGCAGCUACUGGAUCCAGACCAGGGUUGCAGGUUACUGAGGGAGUAAUAUAUGCCACGAUAACUAUGGAUGAUGGGGAAGCAGUCAGCAGCUCCUAUGAAUCCUACGAUGAAGAAGAGAGCAACAAAGGCAAGUCAGCCCCUCACCAGUGGCCUUCCCCUGAAGCUUCCAUUGAACUCAUGAAAGAUGCCCGGAUCUGUGCUUUCCUUUGGAGAAAAAAAUGGCUGGGCCAGUGGGCCAAGCAACUCUGCGUCAUUAAGGACAACAGAUUGUUGUGCUACAAGUCUUCCAAGGACCAAAACCCCCAGCUGGAUGUUAAUUUGUUGGGGUGCAGCGUCAUCCACAAGGAAAAGAACGUGAGGAAGCAGGAACAUAAGCUGAAGAUCAUCCCCAUGAACUCAGAUGUUAUUGUUCUGGGCUUGCAGAGUAAAGACCAGGCAGAGCAGUGGCUCAGGGUGAUCCAGGAGACAAGCGGUCUCUAUCCAGAUGGGCAGGGGGAAGGCAACCAGUAUGUCCCAGACUCCCAGAGACUUAGCUAUCCCAAGGUGGAGACGUCUGAGAGGUACUCAGUGGCAUCAGAAAGUGGAAGCAGCACUGAUGGUCACACAGAACUAACAGAAACCAAAGACGUUAAGAAGAAGGGCACGUCUGGUUUAAAACUGAGCAACCUGAUGAACCUUGGGAGGAAGAAAUCUGCCACGCUGGACAGUCCGGAAAGGUCUUUGGAUACAUGUACGUACCUGAAUGUCCUCGUGAACAGCCAGUGGAGAUCUCGGUGGUGUCAUGUGAAAGAUGGGCAACUCCAUUUCUACCAGGACAAGAACAGAAAUAAAACUGCUCAGCAACCUCUCAACCUGACGGGCUGUGAAAUUAUCCCAGACCCAACUCCUGAUCAUCUCUACUCAUUCCGUAUCCUGCAUAAUGGAGAGGAACGGGCCAUGUUAGAGGCCAAGUCUUGUGACGAAAUGGGCCACUGGCUUGGGCUCCUUUUGUCAGAAUCUGGCUCAAAAACAGACCCUGAAGAGCUGACCUAUGAUUAUGUGGAUGCUGACAGGGUCUCCUGCAUCGUCAGUGCAGCAAAGAAUUCAUUACUCUUAAUGCAGAGGAAGUACUCUGAGCCGAACACUUACAUUGACAACUUGCCAAAGGGGAAGGAGGGACUAGAGGAGCUCUAUGAUGAUGUAGAUGUCCCAGAGGCAACAGCAAUGGAGGAAGUGCCCCAGAAUGAAGGCAAAGAUGAGGGGGAUCAGGACAGAGUCUAUCUAGACCUCACGCCAGUCAAAUCCUUCCUUCAUUGUGCUACCAAGAAGCAGGACCAGUUUUCCCCAUCCGUUUCUCCAUCAUUGCAGAGAGCUUCCAGUAAGAGCUCAACGGACUCUGAGAGAGACUUCUCCAUGUUGCAUAAAGAAGCAGAUUUGAGUAGAAGAUCACUGGAGAUUCCAGACCCGAGGACUCAAGACAUUGAUGAGCUGCUCCCACCACGAACAACAACCAUCAAAAUUCAGGCACAACAGCAGCAAAUUGCCUUUCCUCAGAGUGGCCCUGAGAUUAAGGACACCACAACAAUUAUGAUUGCAUCCAAAGAGAAAAUGGAACGCUCCAAGACGGUGAAUUCAGCAGCUGUAGAAACCAAACUCGGCAAGAACAGGACUGAGGCUGAAGUGAAGCGAUACUCGGAAGAAAGAGAUCGCUUGGAGAGGGAAAAAGAAGAAAUCCGCUCUAAGCUGGCCCAGCUACGGAAAGACAGAAGGGAGCUGAAAGAGAUGCUGAUAAGCUGCACAGACAAGAGCCUUUUGGCCACAAUGGAGCAAAAACUGAAGGAAGUAGAGGAGGAGUGCAAAAGGAAAGAAGAUCAGCGCGUGGACCUAGAACUGAGCCUCGUGGAGGUGAAGGAGAAUCUCCGUAAAGCAGAGUCUGGGCCUGUUACACUUGGCACUGCGGUGGACACCACGCACCUGGAGAACGCAAGCCCUAAAGUGAAGGUUGCCAACCCUAUGAAUGGCACAGAAAAUUCGCCUGUCAAUUCAGCAAUGGCACUAAAAAACCGGCCUUUAUCUGUCAUGGUCACAGGGAAAGGAACAGUUCUACAGAAAGCUAAGGAAUGGGAGAAGAAAGGUGCUAGUUAGGAAAUCCUAGCACCAAUAAUGGACUCAAUAUUAGAAGUGGCCAUUCGUGGACUACAGGAUUCUCUUGCAAGUGGAGAAUGGUCCGGAUGAGGUAAAACAUGGCCAGCUGUACACCAAGAAAUAAUGGAUGGACCAAGGUCAGAACCCAACAUGGCCUUCAUCAGACUAAGGAAUUUGCUCCUUUUUUAGCAGAGGAGUGCUGUGCAGCUGAGUGAGUUAACCCAAGUGGAAACCUUGCUUCUAACCCGGCCAGUGUACAUAAUGAUGCCUUUGUGUAUUUCUACUUUGGUGUUUUACUGUUGUCCAAACCAGGAUUUGUUGUUAGCAAUAGAACAGCAAGGACUGAAUUCUUGCCAGAUCUGUUUAAUGUUCUUUUGAUACACCAGGGCCUGGGGAUCGCGGAGGUAAAUUCAGUUUCCUGAGUUAAAAUCUUGAAAGCUGGUUAAGUAAAUCCAAGGAUCUGGGACAGACUUUUCUGUUGGAGAAGAGCUGUUCCAACCAGCGGAGAAAAUUUUGGCCAGGGAGACAGUUAAAAGGUAUUAUUAUUGUUGUACACAAUGCAGCCUGACUUCCCACAAAGAAUUCCUGACCAAAAAACGAGUACAGCUCAGUGGAGACUCAUUUGUUAGGGCAAAUGGGGUAGUGUCCCACCAACCCUUAGCCAGUUCUCACCUGCCUGCCUUCUGAGAGCCAGU